GGAUGUCAAGCGAGGAGGGUCAGGGAUAGAUAAAGUAGCCCGCGCUCACUGUGCCUUCCCCUCUUCCCCAAGAGCCGCCUCUGAGGUCCCAUAUGGCUCCUCCAGUCUGGACUCUGGUGCUGCUGGUGGGGGCCGCCUGGGGCCAGGGCCACAUGCCUGCCCCUGUCCGGAAGGGGAAGCCUUCAGAAUGGAAGCCAGUUGCUCGCAACUCUAGGGAUAACCCUGUUCUCACUCAGUGUGACUUUGAGGAUAACUCCAACCCCCUCUGUGAUUGGACCCAAGGGUCCACAGAUGACGGGGACUGGACUCGAGCCAGUGGACCCUCCCCCACCGGCAGUACGGGUCCCCCCGGGGGCUACCCCAACGGAGAGGGCUACUACCUGCACAUGGCAUCGAGCACCUUCCACCGGGGCGGGGUGGCCCGCCUACGCAGCCCCCCCAUAUGGGAGCAAGGCCCCCUCUGCGUGCACUUCGCCUACCACCUGUUUGGGCUUUCGUGGGGCGCCCAGCUCAAACUACUGCUGCUCAGGGACACCAAGAAGAAGCGCCCCAGCCUGCUCUGGAAACAUACUAACACCCAGAGCCCCUCCUGGAUUCCCACCGCUGUCACCGUGCCUAUGGGCCUUGCCCUGCCCAGUCAGGUGAUGUUUGAAGGAGUGAGGGGCAGCACGGCUUACCUGGACAUCGCUCUGGAUGCCAUCUCCAUCCAUAGGGGCCCCUGCAAUCGGAUCUGCAUGAUGCAAAUGUGCAGCUUUGACAUUCCAAAUGAUCUCUGUGGCUGGAGCUGGAUCCCGACAGCCUCGGGGGCCAAGUGGGUCCAGAAGAAGGGGUCGUCCGGGGUGCUGAAAGUGGGGCCUGAGGAUGAUUUCUCUAGCCCUGGUGGUGGCUUCUACAUGCUCCUGGACCCCAAGAAUGCAAAACCGCGGCAGAAAUCUGUCCUCCUGAGCCCCCUGAGCCAGUCCUCUGGCUGUUUGAGCCUGUCCUUCCACUACAUCCUUUAUGGCCAGUCACCUGGUGCAGCCCUCGCCAUCUAUGCUUCUGUCUUGGGCAGCAUCAGGAAACACACUCUCUUCUCAGGACAACCUGGACCCAAUUGGCAGCCUGUUACUGUCAAUUACACAGCCCAGGGACAAAUUCAGUUCACUGUGGUGGGUGUGUUUGGAGAGACCCCAGAGCCAGCUGUGGCAGUGGAUGCGAUCAGCAUUGCUCCCUGUGGGGAGAGCUUUCCUCAGUGUGACUUUGACGAUGAUGCCCAUCCCUUCUGUGACUGGGCCCAGGCAUCAGGGGAUGGUGGACACUGGACCCGGGGAAGUAAAAAUAUGCGCAUCCAGGGUACAGGCGCUUUUGGAGGUUCCCUUAAUGGAGAAGGUCGCUAUAUCUAUGUCGAGGCCGACAAGUUCUCUGAGGCAGGCCAGUCUUGCAGACUGGUGAGCCGGCCCUUCUGUGCCCCGAGUGCGAUCUGUGUGGAGUUUGCUUACCACAUGUACGGCCUAGGAGAGGGCGCUAAACUCAGUCUCCUGCUGGAGAGUCCCGCAGGCAGUUUCCCGACUUCUCUCUGGCACCGCGUUGGGUCUCAGAGCCCCGACUGGCUGAACACCUCCGUCACUAUCCCUUCGGGGCAUCAACAGCCCAUGCAGCUGAUCUUGGAGGCCAUCAGAGGGACCAACACUGCCUUUGUUGUCGCUGUGGGUUUUAUCUUGAUCAAUCACGGGACUUGUAGAGGAACUAUGCCAACAGUGCUUCCUUCCAAAUCUCCAGUUCCCCCCACUGGCCCUUCUGAAACCCUUGUCUCCACAGAAAAACCUAGGACUCCCACAGAAAAACCUACAGUCCCCAAAGAAAAACCUAUGACCACCACAGAAAAACCCACUGUCCCCAGUGAAAUAUCCACUGUCCCCACAGAAAAACCCAUGGCCCCCACAGGAAUACCUAUGAACCUCCCCAAAAUAUCUAUUCCCCCCACAAAAAAAACUAUGGCCCCCACAGAAAAACCUACUGUCCUCACAGAAAAACCCAUGGUUGUCACAGAAAAACCCAUUGUCCCCAGUGAAAUAUCCACUGUCCCCACAGAAAAACCCAUGGCCCCCACAGAAAAACCUAUGACACCCCAAAUAAAACCUAUGGCCCUCACAGAAAAACCCAGUGUCACCACAGUAAAGCCCAUAGUCCCAACAGAAAAGCCCACUAUUCCCACUAAAAAACCCACUGUCCCCACUGAAGAGACCACUAUCCCCUCUGAAGAGACCAUUGUGCCCUCUGAAGAGACCACUGUCCUUCCCAAAGAGCCCACCAUCUCCACUGGAAAACCUACCAUCUCCACUAAAAAGUCCACUAUACCCCCUGAAAAGCCCAGUAUCUCCACAGAAAAGCGCACUGUCCACACAGAAAGACCUACUGUCCACACUGAAAGGACCACCAUCCACACUGAAAGGUCCACUGUCCCCACAGAAAAACCCACUAUGCCCACUGAAAGGCCCACCAUUCCCACAGAAAAAUCUACCCUUCCCACAGAGAAACCCACCAUCCCCACUGAAAGGCCCACAGUUCCUACAGAAAAACCCACUGUCUCCAUUGAAAGGCCCACCAUCCCCACAGAAAAACCUAUCCUUCCCACAGAAAAACCCACUGUCCUUACCGAAAGGCCUACCAUCCCCACAGAAAAACCCACCACCCCUACUGAAAAGACCACCAUCCCCACAGAAAAACCUACCCAUCCCACAGAGAAACCCACCAUCCCCACAGAAAAACCUACCCUUCCCACAGAGAAACCCACCACCCCUACUGAAAAGACCACCAUCCCCACAGAAAAACCUACCCUUCCCACAGAAAAACCCACCAUCCUUACUGAAAGGCCUACCAUCCCCACAGAAAAACCCACCACCCCUACUGAAAAGACCAUCAUCCCCACAGAAAAACCCACCACCCCUACUGAAAAGACCACCAUCCCCACAGAAAAACCUACCCUUCCCACAGAGAAACCCACCAUCCCCACAGAAAAAUCUACCCUUCCCACAGAGAAACCCACCACCCCUACUGAAAAGACCACCAUCCCCACAGAAAAACCUACCCAUCCCACAGAAAAACCCACCAUCCACACAGAAAAACCUACCCUUCCCACAGAGAAACCCACCACCCCUACUGAAAAGACCACCAUCCCCACAGAAAAACCUACCCAUCCCACAGAGAAACCCACCAUCCCCACAGAAAAAUCUACCCUUCCCACAGAGAAACCCACCACCCCUACUGAAAAGACCACCAUCCCCACAGAAAAACCUACCCAUCCCACAGAGAAACCCACCAUCCCCACAGAAAAAUCUACCCUUCCCACAGAGAAACCCACCACCCCUACUGAAAAGACCACCAUCCCCACAGAAAAACCUACCCAUCCCACAGAAAAACCCACCAUCCACACAGAAAAACCUACCCUUCCCACAGAGAAACCCACCACCCCUACUGAAAAGACCACCAUCCCCACAGAAAAACCUACCCAUCCCACAGAGAAACCCACCAUCCACACAGAAAAACCUACCCUUCCCACAGAGAAACCCACCACCCCUACUGAAAAGACCACCAUCCCCACAGAAAAAUCUACCCUUCCCACAGAGAAACCCACCAUCCCCACAGAAAAAUCUACCCUUCCCACAGAGAAACCCACCAUCCCCACAGAAAAAUCUACCCUUCCCACAGAGAAACCCACCACCCCUACUGAAAAGACCACCAUCCCCACAGAAAAACCUACCCAUCCCACAGAAAAACCCACCAUCCACACAGAAAAACCUACCCUUCCCACAGAGAAACCCACCACCCCUACUGAAAAGACCACCAUCCCCACAGAAAAACCUACCCAUCCCACAGAGAAACCCACCAUCCACACAGAAAAACCUACCCUUCCCACAGAGAAACCCACCACCCCUACUGAAAAGACCACCAUCCCCACAGAAAAACCCACCAUCCACACAGAAAAACCUACCCUUCCCACAGAGAAACCCACCACCCCUACUGAAAAGACCACCAUCCCCACAGAAAAACCUACCCUUCCCACAGAGAAACCCACCAUCCACACAGAAAAACCUACCCUUCCCACAGAGAAACCCACCACCCCUACUGAAAAGACCACCAUCCCCACAGAAAAACCUACCCAUCCCACAGAGAAACCCACCAUCCACACAGAAAAACCUACCCUUCCCACAGAGAAACCCACCACCCCUACUGAAAAGACCACCAUCCCCACAGAAAAACCCACCAUCCACACAGAAAAACCUACCCUUCCCACAGAGAAACCCACCACCCCUACUGAAAAGACCACCAUCCCCACAGAAAAACCCACCAUCCACACAGAAAAACCUACCCUUCCCACAGAGAAACCCACCAUCCUUACUGAAAGGCCUACCAUCCCCACAGAAAAACCCACCACCCCUACUGAAAAGACCACCAUCCCCACAGAAAAACCUACCCAUCCCACAGAGAAACCCACCAUCCCCACAGAAAAAUCUACCCUUCCCACAAAGAAACCCACCACCCCUACUGAAAAGACCACCAUCCCCACAGAAAAACCUACCCAUCCCACAGAGAAACCCACCAUCCACACAGAAAAACCUACCCUUCCCACAGAGAAACCCACCACCCCUACUGAAAAGACCACCAUCCCCACAGAAAAACCCACCACCCCUACUGAAAAGACCACCAUCCCCACAGAAAAACCUACCCAUCCCACAGAGAAACCCACCAUCCCCACAGAAAAAUCUACCCUUCCCACAAAGAAACCCACCACCCCUACUGAAAAGACCACCAUCCCCACAGAAAAACCUACCCAUCCCACAGAGAAACCCACCAUCCACACAGAAAAACCUACCCUUCCCACAGAGAAACCCACCAUCCUUACUGAAAGGCCUACCAUCCCCACAGAAAAACCCACCACCCCUACUGAAAAGACCACCAUCCCCACAGAAAAACCUACCCAUCCCACAGAGAAACCCACCAUCCCCACAGAAAAAUCUACCCUUCCCACAAAGAAACCCACCACCCCUACUGAAAAGACCACCAUCCCCACAGAAAAACCUACCCAUCCCACAGAGAAACCCACCAUCCACACAGAAAAACCUACCCUUCCCACAGAGAAACCCACCACCCCUACUGAAAAGACCACCAUCCCCACAGAAAAAUCCACUGUCCUCACUGAAAAGACCACCGUCCCUACUGGAAGGCCUACCAUCCCCACAGAAAAAACCACCAUCCCUACUGAAAAACCCACUGUCCCUGCAAAAAACCCCACCAUCCCCACAAAAAUAUCUACUUUUGCCACUGAAUGGCACACAGUUCCUACAAUACCCCAGCCCAGCCCAACACUUGUACCCAUUGGGCCAACAGUCUUGGUGAUGCCUUCCACUGCUCCAAGUACCUCCACGACCGCUACAACCCCUGGACGCGCUCCAGCGAGGUGUCCCCCAAAUGCCCACUAUGAGCGCUGCACCUGCCCAGCAUCCUGUGAGAGACCCAAGCCCAACUGUGGGCCCCCCUGCAAACCUGGCUGUGUCUGCAAUUCUGGCUUCUUGUUUCGGGGAUCCCUCUGCAUCAAUGCCUCGUCCUGCAAUUGCUUCUACAACAACAAUUACUAUAAGCCUGGGGCAGAGUGGUUCAGCUCCAACUGCACAGAACGUUGCCGCUGCAGGCCUGGCAGUCGGGUGGAGUGCCAGAUCUCUCAGUGUGGGACUCACACAGUGUGCCAGCUGAAGAACGGCCACUACGGAUGCCAACCCUAUGGCACCGCCACCUGCGCCGUCUACGGAGACCCGCACUAUCUCACCUUUGAUGGAAGACACUUCAACUUCAUGGGCAAAUGCACCUACGUCUUGGCCCAACCUUGUGGCAACUCGACAGAGCCAUUCUUCAGGGUGGUGGCAAAGAAUGAAGAUCGAGGACAGGAAGGCAUGUCCUGCCUGAGCAAAGUCUACGUGACCCUGCAUGAGAUCACCAUCACCCUGCUCAGGGACAGGCGCACGCUGGUUGGGGGGAAGCAAGUCUCUCUCCCAGCGGUACCUUCUAAAGGAAUCUUCCUGGCUUCAAGUGGGCGGUUUGUGGAGCUGCAGACGGCGUUUGGUUUGCGGGUGAGAUGGGAUGGCAACCAGCAGCUGUAUAUAAGUGUGCCCAGCACCUACUCUAGCAAACUCUGUGGCUUCUGUGGCAACUAUGACGGGGACGGUAGCAAUGACAACCAGAAGCCCGACGGCAGCCCAGCGCUGGACGAUGAAGAGCUGGGCAACAGCUGGCAGACGGCAGAGGACGAGGACAAGGAGUGCCAGAAGAACCCGACAGUUCCUCCCUCGUGCAAGUCAGACUUGCAGAACAGUCUGUCGGGACUACAGUUCUGCGGACGGCUCUUGGACACCCGCGGAGCCUUUGAGGCAUGUCUGCCUCACCUCAAGGCCUCCUCGUUCUUCAAGAGCUGCACGUUUGACAUGUGUAAAUUCCAGGGGCUGCAGCCAGUGCUGUGUGCCCAUAUGGCAGCCUUGACUGAGAUCUGCCAGGAUGCUGGCUAUGCCGUGAAGCCUUGGAGGGGACCCCAAUUCUGCCCAAUGACCUGCCCGCCCAACAGCACGUACACGCUGUGUGCCAGGCUGUGCCCCGCCACCUGCCAUUCUGGGUUCUCUGGCAUGGCCUGCCACAACCGGUGUGUGGAGGGCUGUGAGUGCAACCCGGGCUUCGUCCUCAGCGGUCUCCAGUGUGUCCCCCACUCCCAGUGUGGGUGCCUCGAGCCCACAGCGGGCUACUUCAAGGUAGGGGAGCGGUGGUUCAAGCCAGGCUGCAGACAGCUCUGUACCUGCGAGAGCAACAAUAAAAUUCACUGCACGCAGUGGAGGUGUCAGGCCCAGGAGGUCUGUCGUCAGCAGGAUGGCAUCUAUGGCUGCCAUGCCCUAGGGGCCGCCACCUGCACCGUCUCAGGGGACCCCCACUACCUGACGUUCGACGGAGCCUUGCACCACUUCAUGGGCACCUGCAGCUACAUCCUGACCAGGCCUUGCCAGUCUAGGUCCCUAGAGAACUACUUCAUCGUGAGCGCCACCAAUGAGUUUCGCAGUGGGAACUUGGAGGCCUCUUAUGUCAGAUCCGUCCACCUGCACAUCUUCAACCUGAGAAUCUCGCUCAUCAAAGGCCACAAGGUCAUGCUGAAUGGUCGCCGAGUGGCCCUGCCUGUGUGGCCUGCACAAGGCCGGGUGAGCAUAAGGCCUAGCGGUUCCUUUAUCCUCCUCUACACGGACUUUGGGCUUCAAAUUCGCUACGAUGGGAAGCAUCUGGCCGAAGUGACAGUGCCCUCCUCCUACGCUGGCCGGCUCUGUGGGCUGUGUGGCAACUACAACAACAAUAGUCUGGAUGACAAUCUGCUCCUGGACAAAAGGCCUGUGGCCAGCUCGGAUGGCCUGGGCGUCGCCUGGAAGUUCCCUGAUUACUCUGAAGCAGGCUGCUUUGCUAAGGGUCCGAAGCCCUCCAGAUGCCAGGAGAACAGAGGGGCAAACAGCUGGGAAAAGAACUGUGAUGUCUUAAUGGACCCUCAGGGACCCUUCUCUCAGUGCCACGGGGUGGUGCCUCCCCAGUCCAGCUUCGCCAGCUGUGUGUAUGGCCAGUGUGGGACCAAGGGGGACACCCUGACCCUGUGCCGCUCCCUGCAGGCCUAUGCAUCCCUGUGCGCCCAUGCCGGCCGGGCCCCUUCCUGGCGGAAUGCCACCUUCUGCCCUCUGAAGUGCCCGUCCAGCAGCAGCUACAGCCCCUGUGCCAACCCCUGCCCAGCCACCUGCCUCAGCCUGACGGCCCCCAGAGACUGCCCAGCAGCACUGCCCUGUACGGAGGGCUGUGAGUGCCAGAAAGGUCACGUCCUGAGUGGAACCUCCUGUGUGCCCCUCAGCCAGUGCGGCUGCGGCGACCAGGAGGGCUACUACCACCCGGUCGGGGAGAGAUGGUAUGCGGACCACACCUGUUCCAGGCUCUGCACCUGCUCCGCUCGCGACGCCAUCUCCUGCCAGCAGGCCGCCUGCAAGCCUGGCCAGAUGUGCUGGCCCCUGGAUGGGCUGCUACGCUGCCGGGCUUCAGGUAUGGGAGUGUGCCGUACCUCAAACCACUCUCAGUACCUGAGCUUCGAUGGCACUUACCACACCAUCAAGGACACCUGCCCUGGUAUCCUGGUGAAAGUGUGCCACCCCACCAUGGACCUGCCUUUCUUCAAGAUCAGCGUCAAGUAUGGGAAGAAGAGAGGCCAGUCCGCUGUUUCCUACCUCCACCAGGUCAACGUUGACUUCUUUAAUACCCUCAUCACCUUGAUAAAGGACCACCGUGUGCUGAUCAACGGCACACAGGUCAGCUUUCCCUUCGCCACCGAGAUCCGAGGGCUCAGAAUCAGUAUUGUUGGCAACAACACCGUACUCUAUUUUAACACCGGAGUCCAGGUCAAGUUUGACGGCAAAGAUUUCUUUGAGGUCCAGCUCCCUGCAGCCUAUUACCAAAAGGUCUGUGGCUUGUGCGGAAACUUCAAUGGUGAGGAAGAGGAUGAGCUCAUGAUGCCCAAUGACGAAUUAGCCCAGAGUGAUGCUGAAUUUGUGGAGAGUUGGCAAGAUAAGGAGUCUCACCCAAAUUGCCAAAAAGAGAGCCAGGAGACCCAAGCAAUACAGCUGGAGAAUCUAAAUAUAGGCUGCAGGAGAGAUGACCUAGUGAGAGCCCAGGAACAAUGCCAGGCGGCCUUUCAGACUCCGGCCUGGACUGAGUGUGCCACCUACGUGUUCCUCAAGCCCUUCCUGCUCAAGUGUAUCCACAACCUGUGUCAGUUUGGAGGCCUACGCCAUGCCCUCUGUGGAUCUCUGGAAAACUUCGCAGCCGCCUGCCGGGCCCGGGGGCUCCAGCCCCCAAUCUGGAGAAACAGCAGUUUCUGCCCUCUGGAAUGCCCCAUCCACACCCAGUAUUCGUCCUGCGUUCCCUCCUGCUUACCUUCCUGCGUGGACCCAUCAGGCCAGUGCAGUGACACCCAAGUCCCCACCAUCUGCAAGGAGGGCUGCAUGUGUCAGUCCGGCUUCGUGCUCAGUGGGAAAGAGUGUGUACCCAGGAGUCAGUGUGGCGGCUGCACAGACGACUAUGGCAGCUCCUUCCCUGAGGGUAAGUCCUGGAUCACCAUUCGCUGCACCAGAAGGUGUGCCUGCACUUCGGGAAGCGUUCACUGCCAGCAGUUCAGCUGCCCCUCUGGCUCCCAUUGUGAGCCCCAAUCUGACGGCACGGGCACCUGUGACGUGAACAAGCAAUGCUCAGUUUACGGGGACCCCCAUUACCGUACGUUUGAUGGCCUCAGCUACCUCUUCCGGGGCCGCAUGACUUACACUCUGAUAAAGACGGUGGACGCGCUCCCCACUGGGGUGGCGCCUCUGGUCGUCGAGGGGCGCAACAAAGUGUAUUUGCCCUGGAGUCCCGUCUACCUGCACGAAAUCAUCGUGGUGAUCUAUGGCUACACAGUCCAGCUCCGGGCUCAACUGGAGCUCGUGGUCAACAACCAGAAGGUGGACAUCCCCUACCAGCCCGAUGACCGUCUGCGGGUUAACCUGCGAGGCCAUCGCCUGUUUCUGAUCACUGACUUCGAGAUGCUUGUCAGCUUCGACGGAGGCAAAAAUGCAGUGAUCACGCUGCCCAACAAGUACAAGGGGCUCGUGCGUGGCCUGUGCGGUAACUUUGACGGGAACAAGAGGAAUGACUUCGUGCUGCCCAAUGGCACCAUCACCCAAGACCUCAUCGGCUUUGGCAACAGUUGGGAGGUACACAGGAUCAGUGGCGGCCUCGCCCGCUUCGCAAGGGCCAUACCGGAGGAGGAAGAGGAGGAAGGGGAGGAGUCAGGCUCCGACACUUCGGAAUGCACCCCGGAGCGGCUGGCGCUCAUCAACAGCACCCAGGCGUGUAGGGUGCUGGUGGACCCCCAGGGCCCCUUUGCUGCCUGUCACCAGACUGUGGCCCCCGAGCCCUUCCAGGAGCACUGUGUGUUUGAUCUGUGUACCGCCCGGACCCCCAAAGAGCAGGAGGAACUUCGCUGCCAGGUCCUCAGCGGCUACGCCAUCAUCUGCCAGGAGGCGGGAGCCACCCCAGCCGGCUGGCGGGACCUCACGGGCUGUGCCUUGGCGUGUCCGGCCAACACCGUCUAUCAGAGCUGUAUGACACCCUGCCCAGCCUCCUGUGCCAACCUGGCAGCCCCUAGCGACUGCAAGGGACCCUGUGUGGAAGGCUGUGCCAGCCUCCCAGGCUACAUCUACAGUGGUGCCCGGAGCCUCCCCGUGGCCCACUGUGGCUGCACCAGCAACGGCAUCUACUACCAGCGGGGUGACAGCUAUGUGACCGAGGAUUGCUCUCAGCGCUGCACCUGCGCCAGCUCGGGGGUGCUGCUGUGUGAGCCCCUCCGCUGUCAUGCCGGGGAGAUCUGCACCCUGGGAAACCUCACUCGUGGCUGCUUCCGAGAAAGCCCAUGUCUACGGAACCCCUGUCAAAAUGAUGGACGGUGCCAGGAGCAGGGAACCCACUUUACCUGUGAGUGUGAACUCGGUUACGGGGGGCACCUCUGCACAGAGCCCCAGGAUGUGCCACCCCCUGGAAAACCAGAAGCAUCCAGCUUUGUGGCCAUCCUGUUGGGGAUGCUCGUGCCUGUGGUGGUCAUAGUGCCGGCAGUGACCUGGGAAUGUGUUUCCAGGAAGAGGAGGAGGAGGAGGAAGAAAACACAGAGCCAGAACAGAGAACAGACUGGCCGAUGCUGGUGAGAACCAUCCCAGCCCCACGAAACCUUGGCGACUGGGAGCUGAGUCUGCCUCUAACGUGG